UCAGAACUCUCGCAGCCUAGCCGGAAAGACCCUCUCUGAUCGCUUGGCUAUCGUCCUCCUGGUGCUUAGCCCCCUGUAGCCAGCCGGGGAUCUCUCGAAGAGCUCAGCGGCCCACUGCGGGGGCCUUUAUUACCGCCUCUUAUCGCGGUGGAGGCGAGGUUGUAGUCCGAACUGGACCCAGGACGCGACGUAUAUACCUGAGAUAGCUAUCGUUUCAAAGAUCCUCAUUGGAGAGGAGCCAGUUGUUGUCGAAGAUUGAUAAGUAGAAGAAAGCUGUUUCAAAGACGAUUGAUUUUUCACUUGUGAAGAUUUGCAGUAACCGCCUUCACAACUCAACUGGCCAAUUCAGACUUGUGUCUAGCUGUGAAUCUUCGCGUGAUACGAAAUGUCUGUCGACAUCUCACUGUCGCCGACGGAGUCAGACUCUGCCCCUUCCUCCUCAUUUGGCUCCAUGAGCGAGUCCAGUCUCCCAAAAGACAAGAUGGAGCAACUCAUCCGCAAGCUACGCUCAGAGAACAAACAGCUGCAGCUUCGUGUACUCGGCGUGAACGAGCUGGCCCGUUUGCUCCAGGACCGCUCCGAGAAAGUCAAAGUCCUCGAAGACAAGAAUAAGCGCCUGGAAGUGGCUGUUGUGCGACUCGAGAACCGCUGUGCCAACCUCGAUCAGAAACUGCGUGCGGAAGGAGGAGGGGGCGGUCCGCCGUCUGGGCUGAAGUCAAUGCAACCGCCGUCCAUUCCCGGACCGUCGAGGCAGAUACUUGAGGCUCUGAUGAAGGAGAAUUCAGAGUUGAAGAAGGCGCUGAAUGCAAUGCAAAAGAAAGGGCCGUCUGGUUACCUGGAGGCAGUGAAAACGUCUCAGCUGGAGGAGGUGAUAGAGCAGCAGAAACAAGAGUUGGAGUUCCUGAGGAGCCAGGUCAACAUGCUCACCACCACCCCUCUCCCUCCCUCCUCUGCCGGGAGCAGUGGGAGCGACGCGUCCUCGUCUAGAGCUCCCGGUUCCCCCGGCGAUCUGAGACGACAGCUCAUCAAAAUGCAACACUCUCUGAAGGUGAAGGACAGAUUCUGCUCCCUCCUGAGUGACCAGGUGGCGUCCCUACAGGACAGACUCAGAGAGAUGUCUCUGGACAAGGUCCCUAAAGCCGGAGAAGACGAGGAGGACAAGAAACCACCACCUUCCCAACUGCCAAAACCAACACCCGAUGUCAUCAACGACAACCCCAUGAUCCAGCAGAUAAAAGAAGAGUAUUUGAAAAAGAAACAAGAACUCGAAGGUCGCUAUGAGCAAGUGAUAGACGAGCAGAAGGAGACGCUGCAAAAGGAGAGACAUGAGCACACGGCCAAUGUCGAGAAACUGCAGAAGGCAGAGCAAGACCUCAAGAAACUGCGACGGGAAAUUGAUACCCUGGACAAGCGUUGCGAAGAUCUCCAGUUCCAUAACCACACCCUCCUUGACGACAAGAAACAACUGCAGGAGACUCUGGAUCAGAUGAAGGCCGCGGGGUCAAGGGUCAACGAGGGAGGCGGACUGGAGAGAGAGCUCAGAGAACUUCAAGAUUCCUUCCACCAGAAGGUAAUGGAGCACUCGGAAGAACUGAAAACAAGGACAAGGAGGUGCAGCAUCUUCGCAUGCUACAAGAAGACAUUGAAUACAAGUACGUCAUUGCUGACAGCAAGCUGAGUGGGAUAGAGAAAGAACACGGGCAGAAAAUGAGCGACUUCAAAGAUAAGCUGGCCUACAUGGACAUGGACUGUUCUUCCAAACAGAACGAGAUUGAGCGCCUGCAAGAAACGAACCUUCAGCUGAAGAUGGAAAACAACAACCUCAGAAGCAAAGCAUCUGCUCCUGCGCCGCCCGCUGCAUUUGCUCGCGAUGUGACCCAGACUUUGCCUCUCUCUCCGUCCCUCUUCCUCCCGCAAAACCUACAGAACAUGGUGGCUGUUAAAGAUGGGGGAGCUAGUGGAUACACUGACCCAACUGUCACAAGGCCUUCGACUCGUCUCCCUGCUGAAAGAUGUGACACUGGCCACCUUCAGACCUACCUUCCGAAGGAGAUCCUCGUGUCCCGCAACCCAGAGGAUGAGCCACCUCAGUCCCAGCCUCCGACCAGCCAGGGGUCCCAGCACAUGGUGGGGAGCAGCACUCACCCAAGUUCACUGACCUUCCGAACCCAGACGACCCCGCCCCACCACGCCUCUCCUUCCUCGGCUGCCACGCCCCACCAGUCCGUCCACCCCGGUCGACGCUCUCCCGUGUCCCCGUUUAACCAGACGGCCCCUCCACUCGUGCCCCGCCCGACACACCCCCAGCAGCACCCCUACUCCGCCCACUCCACCCAGCUGUACCAUCUCUCGGCAAGCUAUUCCCCACAGAUGAGGAACACCCACCCUGUCCCUCAGACGCACUAUGACCCCUCCCUCAUUCCCGGCGGGCCACACCCCCUUCCCGGAAAACCCUACUCCCCUGCUGCUGGAUUCGGAGGUCAAGGCUCACGGCCCCUGCAAUCGGGGUCCCCUGUUCCACCGGGGGCCAUGGGGAGUCCCCCCCAGAGACCCCUGAUGGAUAACGAACCACACACACCGCACGGUUACCAUGGCGACCCGUCAGGCUCCGCCCACCAUCACCACCAUCCUCCGAGGAGAAGCUAAAUUCUCACUCCAGUGUUCUGAGAGGGCCAUCGCGAUUAUUGACCUCUGGUAUAAUACUACAUGUAUAUACCUUCGCUCCUUUUGGUAUAUAUAAUACAAUAUACUGCUGCUGUGUUUUAAUCAGAUGUAAUUUUGGUAGGUUGGUAAGCUAUUUUACGUACUAAGUUUGCUGCAAUUUAUUUUCACUUUGUUCUUUGUCAUUUUACUGAUUCUUAUACCAUUGCACAUCGAAUGCACGUAUUUUGUAAAAAUAGAUUUUUGUGUGUGACUGACUUGGAAGGAGCAGUAUGAAUUGGUCGCAUCUCUCUAUAGUUGUAGGUAAAAUGUUGGUGAAUGAACUUAUAUAGUGAUAUCCAACACUGCAAUAAUUAAAGUGCAAACCUCGGCGAACUGCGCAUGCGCGGUAGGCCUACUGCUAAUUGAUGGGCUGGGCUAGGCUAUUAGGCGUUUACUCGUGGUCUCCCGCCUGACACGGACUAGUUACAGAAGUAGAUAGCAUGCGGGAGUCGAUACAUGCCGUUCGUUGUGACUUCCUGAGCCUCCAUGGUACACAGAG